AAAUGUAAAAAAUGUGUCAUAGUAUACAAGUUCUGUAUUCAAUAUUAACAAAGUUGAGAACCUCUGUCGUCGAAUUUUUUUUAUCGACGAAAACGACCAUAUAGACGUGAUAUUGACCAUGGCAACAUCUGUCAUGCUUACAAAACGCUCGCUAGAAGAAUAAGCAUUAUUUACAAACAAUAUUCAACGUAAUAAUUUGCGAAACAGUAAAUAAGUAAUCAAACAAAAUGCCUCUUCCUGCGGCAUUAGCAGCACGCCUCGCGAAAAGAGGUCUCAUAACAGGAUCAGACAAAAGUGAAAAAACAAAGAAGGAGACAAAAAAGAAAGUUCACGAAGAAGUAAUCGCGGAAGAUUAUGAUACAACGAAGGACGAGAUCAAUCAAAUCGACCUGUCACAAAAGUUUAUGGGCUAUGCCGGGUGUCCAAAUAAAUAUAACAUACAUCACGAAUGUACAAAAAAGUGCAAAGAAUUGUGGGGUGUUGGCCAUUUACAGCCAUCAGAAAAGUAUCUCAAACUUCAAAUGCGUCUCAUUCAGAAAUUUCCUUUACCAGAAACGUGGAAAGCCGUUUAUGACCCAGGCUCGGGUCAACAUUAUUACUGGGACUGGGCUUCAGAUUUAGUUUCUUGGCUUCCACCCGGGCAUCCCAAAUGCCAGAUUUCUCAACCUGCAUCUCAACUCCGAGAGGAGCUCCAUUUGAAAGCUGCAGAUCAAGAUGACAACAUGUCCAGCGACGAGAGUGGUAGCGAUCAGGAAACAAUGGAGGUCGAUGAAGUUGAAUACAAGAAAGAGCAAAAAAUCGUUACUAGAGAACGAUUCAAAGUUCCUGAAGUUGCUCGAAGACCUCAGCGAUCCGAGGCAAAUAAAGACAAAAAAGAUCGAUCUUUGGAUCCUAUGGAUCCGGCUGCUUACAGCGAUAUACCACGGGGCAAAUGGUCAGACGGUCUAGCCAGACAUAACGAAGCAAAGACUGGAGCAGACACAACAGCUUCAGGGCCUUUGUACCAAAUGCGUCCUUAUCCAAGUCCUGGUGCCGUUUUGCGAUCGAAUCGAACUACCAAGCCCGAAAUUGAAGGAACGACUAAACCUAUAGUGUCAUUUCCUGAAAUACCUGAAUAAGAUCUUAUUGUACUUGAAAAAUAAAUCCCAUGUAAUUAAUAA